AGAACAUCACAGUUUGGCUGACUCAGCUAGGGAUGUUUGAAGAAAUGUACGGUUAUAAAUCGAAAUACCUUAAAGAGCUACUCUCGCAAUGGAGAAGUAUAAUUUGUUGAGAAUUAAUCAGUGUGUGUCCCCAGGAAGAAAAGUAUUAGGUGAAAUUAAUCAUGUGGGGAAAUGUGAAGGUGGAGGAAAUCCAUUAUCACCUACAGCAAAUUUAAAAUUACUGACAAAAGUUGCCAGCAGCUUUGAAAAAGAGGGCACCACAGCUUCUUGUAUCAGUAGUGAUGUUCACAAAGUGAAGAAGCAUUUACAACCAUACUGUGUCCAGCAACAACCCGAUGAAAAUUUCAAAUCAAGGAAAGAUAAAUCUCUGAGUUUGUUAUGCAACAAAUUCUUACAACUGUUUCCCCUGAACCUUUCUCCAGGAGAACAUAUGAUAAUCUCACUGGACCAGGCUGUUAGCAAGCUGGGAACAGAGCGCAGGAGGAUCUAUGAUAUUGUAAAUGUUUUGGAAAGUCUGCAGAUGGCAACAAAGGUUGCAAAGAACCGCUACAUGUGGCAUGGGUGUCAGCAGUUGCAUGUCACGUUGGCACUGUUGAAGGGGCUGGCAAUGCGGCUCGGACUGCAGGAACAGGUUCAGUCCGUGCAGCUGAAGCAGAAAUCCAGUCUGGUGCACGUGGUGGCAGGCAGUUGUUAUGGGGCAGUCACUGACAUGGACACCCUGAAACCUGAGUCAGAAAUCCACAUCACGGAGCCAAGUGACAUCACCUUGCAGGCACAUGAUAUUCUGGGCCCACUAGAAUGCUCACCACCACCACCUAAAGUGCAGAGUGGGCCCUCUGUGGCACAGCGGACUUUGCCCAGGAUGGGUGAGAGUCCUCAGAGGGAUACCACAGCUGUCGUGCAUGGCUGUGUGGAGCGUUCUCUGGGUAUCAUGUGCCAGAAAUUCAUCAUGCUGUUCCUCAUCUCCAGCAAGUCAGAGUUGGUGAAUCUUCAUCUUGCAGCCGCAGUUCUGCAUAGUGAUUUCACUGGGGACAAGAACAUAUCAGAAAAAGCUGACGUACUUCCAUGCUGCCAGCAGUCCAAUCCUGAUGGACAAUCAGAACCAGUUAGGACUAAGGCUGGAAAGUUUUGGCCUAAAAUAAGACGCCUGUAUGACAUUGCCAACAUCCUCAUGUCACUUGGCUUGAUCUGCAAAGUGCGCAGUUCUGACAGCAACAUCCGUAAGCCAGCAUUCAGGUACACUGGUCCACAGAUAGAGGCAGCACUUUUCUCUGACCAAGAUAUUCACAUGUUGCAAGCGACACGACACUCCCUGCUGGGCAGGACACCUUGUCUGCAGCUACAGAAGUCAUUGCUGAGUUGUGAAGAAAGCACAAAGCAACACAAGAGAAAACAGACUGACUCAGGAAUCUGUGAACUGUUACCUUGCACCAGAAGUGAGGUUUAUUCAGGGCCCAGCAAAAGGAAGGCUCUCCAUUUUGCUGAGGACAGCGGCUCUCUCGGGGAGAUCCUUCAGGUGGCAGAGAUGGAGCUACAGCGCCUGGAGUCCCUCAAGAUGAUAAGCUCUCAGAAAUCAGCAAGGAAAGAGCUUUUUCCAAGGCACCUUUCAGAUUCAUGUAUUAUUGGGGUGAGAGAGGACUUUUUGGGUAGUCAUAGUAAUGGAGUGCCUGCUGAAACAAAAAAUACAAACUUCUUUCAAGCAGCAAAAGAAUCAAACACAUUGAAAACACAGAAAAUGGGAGGAUUUCGUCAUAAAAGUAAUAUUUUGAACCUGCCAGUUUCAAGGAAGGAAUUGAAAAUGACGCGGAAGCUUGUGAGAGUGGCACCACUGGAAGCACCACUGUUCACCAAAAGAGAAUGUCAGGUUGUGUUGACUUCAAGAGACAUGGAUUGUUCGAUUGUUCAUGACAUGAAUGGAUCUUCCAGUGUUAAUGCAGGAGGGAGGCCAGGCUCACAAAGCAUCCAGUCACCUUCAGUCUCAAACAUGGCAGAUUCUCCAGUUUUGAAUGAAGCUCCAUUCAUUGACACCACUGUGACAAAACCUUUGCAUUUGAACACGUUUUUGCAACAUAUACAGUCUUCUUCUCACAUAAAAUUAUCUCAUGGUGUUCUACAUACUUUGAAUGAAGCUUCAGUUACAAAUGUUGGCAGCAUUAUUCCAAAAGCGUUGCAUGUCAGACAGGGAACUAGUGUGACUGAGUUGAAAUUUCCAGCAUUAACACAGUGCCAUAUUUUACCAAAUAAUAUAUCUGGAAAUGUGAUGGCCGAUAGAAUUGGUGGCAGUAUGUUGGUGCCAUCACUUCCUGUUGUUCCAGAACAAACCAGCAAACUUGUGAGUCCUGAUGCAGAUGGCAGUGCUGCUGGAACAUUGCCUGUUGCUGAACUUUACGAGGCCGUCUGCAUUGGGAAUAUGGUGGAGUUAGUCCCUUUGUGCAAUAAUUCCGUGUCACUUGUGAAGCAAUAAUGCUUCACUGACACUACACGUUGUGAUAGAAAUUCAUGUGAUUGCAAAUGUUACACAUAUCCCUGCUUAUUUUGCCCCAUGUAUGACAAAUGUUCAAAUAUGGACACAUCAAGUUAAACUGUUUGGGUAAUAUGUAAAUUGAACAUACUGAUGCAAUUUUAGUGACUAUAGACAAGGUUUGGGUUGAUGACCAUAUUUAUUGGACUCUUUGAUAUGGUGCAUGACUAUGCUGUGCAGUACACACACCCACUAGUGUCCACAGUUACAUCUUUGCUGCCGUUGCUUGGUAGCAGCUUCCAGUGGCGGGUGUGCCCCUUGCUCUGGGUUUGUGAGCUGUCCCUGGCCUCAGCUACCAGCUUCUCACAGCAAUUGCUCACAAAUGAACCCAAGUGGCAUCUAACUAACUGCAACUCCUAACUUCUCCUGCUUAUAACAUCUUGGCAUGGACCGCACAGAAAAUACCAUUCCUCUGUUGCUGUUUAUGGGCCACUGCCUAGUAACAGCCAUUGUAUAUUUGCUUAUUUUGCGGUCAUUGACUAGCAGUGGGACUACAUGCCACAAUACAGUGCUUGUAUUUGUUUCUUCAUUCAAGAAUGGAAAGGUUUGUUAGAAUAUGAGGGUUCUUUUGUUAUCGCGCACACGUCACCUGCUGGGUGUUAGGAACAUCUGGAAAGAGAGGGUUCUGGUCUUCUGCAGUAUGAUAUCACGUGCACGGAUAUCCCCAUUUGAAGGAACCUAUGCUUCAAAAUGUUGGACUCUGUCUACCAAACUGUACAGUGUCACAUUCCAAAAGACUAUCAUCUCAAUAUUCACCAGUCUGAAAACCUAAUUUCUUGUGUUCUUUUGUAAUGUAGAUCUGUGUAAGUAGUGGUUGAUCCAUAAUUAUAUUCAGGAUUACCGGGUUUUUGGACUGUGUCCAUUGUCUAGUAUAUUAAAGAGCACAACUUCUCUGGAACCGAACCUCUUCCCAUCCUCAGGUGAAAGGGUGGGAGGCACCUGCCCUGUUGGGUUCAAUAGGAAGUGCUAAUCUGUCACUGGAUGAUAACUGGAUUGAAGUCAGCUCUUACCAAUAGAUAACAAUUAUUGUGUUUCUGCACUUUAUCCAUCAUCAUGUUUUAAUUUAAAACACAAAAUGUUUUGGAAAGUAGAUUCUGUCUCCAUCUUCAAGUAAAACCUACCCAGUUGGACCCAUUUCCAAACCAACUCUAGCUCUAUCAAUUGGGCCCAACUAAGUAGGUUCCAUCUGAAGACAGAGACAGAAUCCAG